GUGUACUAAGAAAUAUCUCUAGGUGGCUUGGCUUGAUGACGCAAAGUAGGCGGCACCCUACUCAUGAUGUCAAGAAUGUGUGCUAGCUUGCGCCGCCUUAUCUAUUCCCCACCCUCUCCUAAAGCAUGAAAGUUAUAGUCUGCAAGCUUCAUAUGGCUGUACAUAGCGCGCACAUUGGCUUGCGGCCUAGCUGAUAAGGUUCUCGUUAUAGUGCAGCCUUUCUUGGCAAACGGUACUGAUCAACAAGUAUAGAUGGCAUGUAUCUUAUACUGCUUUGGCGGUGAUUCGCGGAAGCUUGCAGCUGAGGAGACCUUGGUAUCGUUGGACCGAAACCGUUGCUGGGAGUCCCAGCACGAAACUGCUACACCGCUAGCAUCCGCCGGCCCUAGUAGGGUCUUCCUGUCCGAACUCGACUUGGCAUCAAUAAAGCAUCUCAACUCGAAGCACCACCGGGACUUGCAAGAACUGCAACAACAACAACAGCAGCAACAAGAACAACAAGUACCCAAGCAGCUGCGCCAGCACUGCUGGUCCGCUCAGGAUGACCAGGAUCAAUGCCCGGUACCCGCAGGGCCGAACAGCUACCAUCAGGACCUCGACCCCGACACCAGCAGCACCGGCACGUGCAGCGGCAGCGGAGCCCCGGACCGCGAGGCCGCCUUCCUCCGACCCAAAUCAGCUUCCAGCACCUGCGCCAAGUCUUGCGGCAGACCAGGCAACGGCAAUGGCGGUGACACCCCGGGUGACAUCCCGGGUGGGACUGGAGCACCGGGCUGUGCGGUUGGUAGUGGUGAUGGCGAUGAUGAGCUGACGUCGACAACGGCGGUUGCGAUGGUCACACCGACGCAUAGAGUUACGGCAGCUGCCGGAUGGGUGAUAGAGGAGCCGGGGGAGG